UCGUCUGCUGAUGUAAACACGUGGACGCAUAGCAGUUGUGUUAUUAGACAUUUUCACAGUAGAUUAAAUUCAAUUAAAUUCACCGUACAUUUGUCGUGCAGCAAAUCACAUCGAAGUCAUUUGUUAGUUCGUAGAUACACUUCUAAUUCAGCAGUGGGUAAUAAGAGAAAAUGGCGGAACGUGUUAACAGAGUUCUGGAUAGGAAGUUUUAUGAUUUGUCCGAAGCUUAUAAGUCACGUGCAGAGUUUGAAUUAGAUGAAACCACUUCUCAUAGUCUUGACAACCAUAGCAUAUUAUCGCCAAAACAAGAGAAUCACACAUCACCAAUUUCUUCAGACGAUUUUGAUUUUGACAAAGGCAAAAAGUUAGCAAUUUUUGUCAAUGAAAAUGUAAUUGGGAAGCAGAAUGAAUUUGUGAGUCCAUUUGGAAAGAGACAAGUUGUUUACUGUGAUUACACUGCCUCAGGAAAAUCCUUGCAGUGUAUCGAAAACUAUAUUACUAGUGAGGUCCUACCUACGUAUGGUAACACCCAUACAACAACUUCAGUAACUUCUUUGCAAACAACUCUAUUUCGUCAUGAGGCAAGAGACAUUUUACGUAAUUCCCUUGGAGCCUCGGAAGAAGAUGCUGUGAUAUUUGUUGGUAGUGGAUGCACUGGUGCAGUUCACAAAUUGAUUAAUGGGCUUCAUUUAACAGAACCACCAAUAGUACUAGUCGGUGCCAAUGAGCACCACUCAAAUCUUUUACCGUGGAGGGAAAUAGCCGCCAGAGUUGUUCGCAUUAAGGAGAGCUCCGAUGGUCUUCUGAAUAUGGAUGAACUUGAGUGCUCGUUAAAGACAGCCAAGGAAGAAAAUCGUAUCAUUAUUGGUUGUUUUUCCGCUGCAUCAAAUAUCACAGGUACUUUGUAUCAGGAUAUGCAAAUAACGGCACUUCUUCAUCGAUACGGAGCACUUUCUUUCUGGGAUUACGCAACAGCGGCUCCGUAUGUCAAAGUGGCCAUGAAUCCUACUACCGUUGACUACCCCUCUGGUAUAGCUCACAAAGAUGCGCUCUACUUUUCGAUGCACAAAUUUGUCGGUGGUGUACAAACACCGGGUGUUCUUGUAGUAAAAAAAUCUCUACUGCAAAACCGUAUCCCCAACGGUGCUGGAGGAGGGACUGUAUUCUUCGUUGAUAGGGAGACUCAUCUCUACUUGCGGGAUGCGGAAAUGAGGGAAGAAGGUGGGACACCAGCCAUCGUGGAAAGCAUUCGAGCCGGCUUAGUUUUAAAAUUGAAAGAAAGUGUUACGCCUGAAUGGAUCAUGGCACGUGAAGAUACUCUUGUACAACUUGCUUAUGCAAACUGGGAAGCCAUACCGGAACUCAUUUUACUCGGGAGUACUAAAGCGCCGCGUUUGGCUGUUUUUUCUUUCAUGGUCCGGCAUCUCACAAGUGGAUACUAUUUACACCAUAAUUUCGUUUGUGCUUUGCUGAAUGAUGUUUACGGAAUACAAGCUCGUGGAGGCUGUGCUUGCGCGGGACCUUAUGCUCAGGAUUUGCUCGGAAUUGACGAAUCUCUCGCUCAACGUUAUCAAGAAAUUCUCGUCGAAGACAGUCGUUUAGACCGAACACAUCUAAGACGUAAAGAAGAACAUUCUUGCUAUGAAAUUCUGCGCCCGGGUUUCGCACGAUUGAAUUUGCCUUACUUUGCUUCCGAUUCCGAAAUCAGUUUUAUAAUUAAUGCAGUAAUCUGUGUCGCCAAAAACGGUUGGAAACUCUUACCUUAUUAUCAAAUGAAUUCUGAAACAGGAGAAUGGCAUCAUCAUACCCAGCUGUCCUUCAAAAAUCGGAAAUGGCUCGGUAAUGUCGAUUUUAACUUUGGCCAAAUGCAUGUACGCCGUCCGAAAGAUCCAUACGCCCCGAGUGCUCCAACUGACUACGACGAUUGCUUACGAAAAGGGGAAGAAAUCUUCGAACGAGCACCGAAAGGAACCUCCAUAAUAAUCAUUCCAGACCAGCGCCAAAGUUUUAAUGCAGAAGCGGCUGAACUUCGUUGGUUCCUUUUGCCAAGUGAAGCCAAAAACCUUCUUGAUGGAGUUGCAUUCCCAAAGUUUGAGGCACCCUUCACGCCACGGCAGUAUGCGUCUGAUAUCCAAGAGUACAGUUUACAGCAUUACUCUACCAUUCCGGCGCGUGGCAGUUGGCCUAAACUGUCUAUAAAAGAAAACAAACCUAUGCAAGAGAACAGCGUGGGAGAAAAAAAUGGCGUGGAGGAUCCUGAUUGUAAGAACUAUCUAAGCGAUUCGGGAACCUUCUUGAGCGGUGUUCUUGUUUCGAACGACGAAGACGAGGAAUCGGGGAUCUUUGUCACAAAAUCUGUUCGAAAAAGUUUUCCCAGUGAACGACUUUGGAUGUCACCGACGAAGAAAAUUCUGAAACCGACAUGCGAAGCGCUACUUCGCUACAAAAUGAUCAACAAUGGUGACCGUGUACUAAUUUGCGUUUCAGGUGGCAAAGACUCACUGUCCCUGCUUCACACUCUUCGCCAGUUUCAGCAACAGAGUAAACGCUUUGGCAUCCAUUUUGAAAUAGGGGCGAUGACGGUUGAUCCCGGUAGCUCUUCAUAUGACCCGUCUCCACUUAUUCCUUACAUGAACCAGCUUGGAAUCCCAUACUUCUAUGAAAGACAAUGUAUCAUCACCAAAGCCAUGGAUAUCCCAGACGUUGACUCCAUUUGCAGCUUUUGCAGUCGGCUAAAGCGAGGUCGCAUCUAUGCUACUGCAAGAAAUCGUGGUUUCAACGUGAUAGCCUUGGGCCAGCACUUAGAUGAUUUAGCUGAGAGCUUUCUUAUGUCAACCUUCCACAAUGGUAGACUCAGGACCAUGAAAGCAGCAUAUGCCAAUCGUGAGAGAGAUUUGAAAAUAAUACGACCAUUUGUCUACGUUCGCGAAAAAGAAUUGCGGCAUUUUGCUACCGAGGCUCGUCUUCCAGUAAUUCCAGAGAACUGCCCUGCUUGUUUUGAAGCCCCAAAAGAACGACAUCGAAUUAAGCAGCUUCUAGCCCAACAAGAACUUCUGUUCCCGUGCAUUUACCUAAACAUCAAGACUUCCCUGCUGCCUUUGAUGAGUAUUGAUCAACCUUUUGUUGAGCGGAAGCUCUUUGGGAAGCAGAGCUAUAUAGAUAAAAAAGAAAAAAAUAAGGGUAGAACGGCUCCGUUGCCGUCUGUUUCUUGUACGUUGGGGGUGCCUUCUUCUGCUUAAAUUCUUCAAUAAGUAAAACAACGUUGAAUAGCUACAGCAAUUCAUCUAUACUUAUUCUUCAUCAAUCAGUUACUAUUAUUGCACAUCGUUGCUGUGCUGAUGAAGUUGAUGCAGAUUUUUUAAAAUUACAUCCCGAUAUUUUUUUUUUAUUCUUUUGGGGAAUUAAAGUUUUCAUCCACGCAUUUAUUUUUUUAAUUUCUUUCUUCUGUAUUUACCCUCCCCUUUACUGCUGAAAAUCCUCUUUUUUUUUAAUCUCUAUUUUCUUCAAACUUGUUCAAUGUAUCAGGAUGCGCAAUGGAAUCCACAUGUCUGAACGCAUCAAAUAUCUUAUUCGAAACUACCAACUGCCACUUCAUGUUACAGAAGGGUAGAGGUUAAAACAUGUCGCAUGAUGGUUGAUUUAUUGAAAAUGAUUUGGCUUGAAAAUGAUAAAUGCAAUUUUAAAUCAGCAUUUAUGACGUAUAUUUCACAUAUGUCGCACUAUGAUCAGGGAAAUCUUGGUUAAAAUGGGACUAGCCGCACCAUUUCACUUUUCAUAUCCUCACAUGACGACUAAAUCUGAAUUUUUAUUUCAAUUUUCAAAGAAAAUACUGUUAUCCUAGCCCUUCGGGUUUUCUCGGAAUUUGGAGUAAAAAAGUUAGUUUUUCAUGUAUUUUCUAUCCUCAAGACUGGAUAAUCUUACACAGCUAUACGAAUGCUUAACGCCACAUCCUACGAGCACUAAUUUGAUUUUUUCGGUACUGAACUUAAAAAUGUAAUAGACUACUUUAUUUUUGUUGUUUACGUUAAGUUUAAAAAGGUAUAAGGCCAAUUGAAAAAUAAACUUGAUUACCGUGA